CCAAUUAACAAAUCAAGAUUUUAUGCUGUAACUUAAACUAAACUAAACUAAAUUAAUAUAUGCUUGAAGAUUUAUGGGAUUAAGUGGUUAGGAAUUUCAAUAUCACUUAAGUUAGUUGACAUUAGUUCAAUCCAAAUUCAUUCGGCCCCUUUUUUCAUAUGUUUUAUCGACCGAAUUAAUCAAUUUUAGCUAAUAAUUUCUCUCAAGCAAAACUAACAUAGCCCUUUUUUUAUUAUGUAUAAGCUAACAUACACCCCACCUCUUCAAGAGUGAUCUAGCAUCUGGAAACGCAUAUAUUCUCGCAUACACUCGUCUUCUUCCUGUUUAUAUAGCCUGAAGCAAUGCCCACAAACAUAGUACAACCGUAUUCUUCGGCAUUCAGUUCUGAUAUUUAAUUUUCUUGACUUGUUUGAAUCAAAGAAAAGAUGGUUGAAAAAAAAAACCAUAACCAAGAAUUUGAUGUGUCUCCACAGGGUGGUUCCAAAUGUUUUGAUGAUGAUGGCCUUCUCAAAAGAACAAGAGCUGUGUGGACUGCAAGUUCUCACAUAAUAACAGCAGUGAUUGGUUUUGGAGUUCUGUCCUUGCCUUGGGCCACUGCUCAACUGGGAUGGUUAGCUGGUCCAUCUCUGAUGAUCUUGUUCGUGGUUUUGACUCUACUCAAAUAGCAUUAUGUUACCGGUCAGUUGAUCCCAAUACUGGAACAAGAAACAAUUCUCACAUGGAUGCUGUCAAAGACAAUCGAGGUGGAUUUCAGAUAAUAGAAUAUCACACAUACACGCAUGUCAUUAGCAAUCCAUAUUGGGAUUUUCAGUUGUUCAAUAAUGGAUGUGCUCUCUCUUCGCAACUGAGAAUUAUGCUGAGGAUCUGGAGGAUCUUGGUUUGGAAAAAUUCCAGCGUUGGAAACGUUUUCCUUGAGGUAAUCUAUUUUAAUUCACAUAUCGGCAGAGCUAGCACGGGCAACUGCUGGUGCUCAUUGGGGGCUGGCUCCACCAGUGCUUUUGAAGAAGUAUGGAAAAAAAAUGGCGCCAUUAAUAUCUCCAUGAACAAAUUGUCUGAUUUUAUGCUACUACCUUCCAAAUUCAAACCUACCACAUCUAUAGUAUAUAUAAGGGUUAGACAUAGUUCAAUUCGAUUCUAAAGAUAAUCGAAUCAAAUCAGAAUUUUUUGUGGAUUUAAGAAGGGGGAAUUUCUCAUCCAGAUUUAAUUAUGGAACUGAACCGGUAUAUACCAUAACUAAUUUAUAACACUUACUACAACACUGUAUUAAUCCGACUAAUGACAAGUUCAAUCUUAACUCUUAUAAAAUAAAGUAGUUCAACACAGUGAUUGAGAAAAAUUUAGGUCACUCAAUUUUGAUUAUUCGAAAUUUUAAUUACAAAGUUGGACUUGGCUAAAAACAGGAAAAUGAUAUUUUGAGCUCAAUUAAUUAGUUUGAAAAUGUAUUUAGAAAAAAAAAAUCAUAUAAUU